CGGGGCGGGCGCAGGAAGCUGGGGCGGGCGGGUCCCCAGCCUAGGAAAGCCCCGCGCAGCACGGGCCAGGGCAGGCAGCCCAGUGUCGCCUCUUCCCGCUCGGGCGCCGGAACAGCGAAUGGCGCAGGGGCGCGCAGGCGUCCUGACAUCUCCCCAUGGGGUGGCUUUGCUCCCACCCCCUGCUCCCCGUGAGCUGCCUGAUCCUGGUGUGGGUGGCAGGCGCUGGGAGCAUGAAGGUCCUGCAUGAGCCCACCUGCUUCUCGGAUUACCUCAGCGUCUCCACCUGCGAGUGGCAGCUGGACGGUCCCCUCAACUGCAGCGCCGAGCUCCACCUGUCCUACGGGAGGGAUCCUGAAUUGUCCGAAAACCACACGUGCAUCCCCGAGAACAGUGCGGCCACGACGUGCCUGUGCUCCAUGCUCACCGACCACAUCGUCAAAGCCGACAUCUACCAGUUGGACCUGUGGGCGGGGAGCCGGUGGCUCUGGCACGGCCUCUUCAAGCCCAGCGACCACGUGAAACCCAGGGCGCCGGAGAACCUCACGGUUCACACCAGUGACCACGGCUGGAGGCUGCUGACGUGGAGCAACCCGUACCCUCCGGACAGCUACCUGCACACGGAGCUCACCUACCUGGUCAACAUUUCAAGUGAAGACGACCCCACGGAUUUUGUGGUCUACAACGUGACCUACCUGGAAUCCUCCCUCCGCCUGGCGGCCAGCACCCUGAGGUCCGGGGUCUCCUACGAGGCGCGGGUGAGAGCGUGGACCCACAAGUACAGCGGCACCUGGAGCGAGUGGAGCCCCAGCACCCGGUGGCACAACUACUAUAAGCUGCCCUUGGAGCAUCACCUGGGGCUGGGCGUCAGCAUCUCCUGCGUGGUCAUUGUGGCCAUCUGCCUGUCCUGCUACUUCAGCAUCACCAAGAUCAAGAAAGAGUGGUGGGACCAGGUCCCCAACCCCGCCCACAGUCCCCUCAUGGCCAUCGUCAUCCAGGACUCUCAGGUGUCGCUGUGGGAGCGGCGGACCAGAGCCCAGGAGCCCGCCAAGUGCCCACACUGGAAGACGUGCCUGGCCAAGCUCCUGCCCUGUGUGCUGGAGCACAGCGUGAAGAGAGGCGAGGAGCCCGCCAAGGCUGCGGGAGGCGGGCCUCUGCAGGGCCCUGGGAGGCCAGCCUGGUGCCCCGUGGAGGUCAGCAAGAUGGUCCUCCGGCCGGAGAGCAUCCGCGUGGCGCGGUGUGUGGAGCUGUUUGAGGUCCCCGUGGAGAGCGAGGCGGCGGUGGAGGAGGAUAAAGCCCACUGCGCGCCUCCCGCGGGCAGCGGGGGCUUCCAGGAGGGCCGCGAGGGCAUCAUGGCCAGGCUGACCGAGAACCUGUUUCUGGACCUUCUGGGAGCUGAGGACGGCGGCUCCCACCAGCAGGGCCUGGGGGACUGGCGCCUUCUCCCGCCUUCAGGAGGUGGGAGCCACCCGGCGUCCUGGGCCUGGCUCCCCGUGGGGCCCGAGGGGGCAGCGUCGGAAGACAAGGAGCCGCCCCUCCACCCAGAGCCAGCUCCUCUGGCCAGCACCGCGCAGGGCCUGGCGGGCCCCGGCUGCUCCGAGGGGCCGCUGACCAUCGCGGACAACCCCGCCUACCGCAGCCUCGGCAGCCUCCAGAGCCAGCCUCCAGGUGCCGGAGGGCUGGACCCGGACCCACGGCUGGAUGGCCGCCUGGACCCCCAGGGGCCCUGUGUCCCCCAGGCUUCAGAGCCUCCCGCCCAGCUCCAGCCCGAGCCAGAAACCUGGGAGCAGAUCCUCCGGCAGAGCGUCCUCCAGCACGGGGCGGCCUCCGUCCCCGCCGCCGCCCCCGCCAGCGGCUACCGGGAGUUCUCGCCGGCGGCCCAGCAGGGCGGCGCCCGGGACGGCGGGGUGGCCGGGUACAAGGCCUUCUCCAGCCUGCUGGCCGCCAGCGCCCUCUGCACAGGGACAGCAGGACUUGGGGCUGGCGGUGGGGACGGGGGCUACAAGCCCUUCCAGAGCCUCAUUUCCGGCCUCCCAGGGGACCCGGCCCCACCUCCCGGGCCCCUGUUCACCUUUGGGCUGGACGCGGAGCCACCCCGCAGCCCCCCAGACUCAGUCCUCCCGAGCACCCCCUCGGGGCACCUCGGUCUCCAGCCGGCGGUCAAGGGAGAGGACGGGCGGAAGCCCCCGCUGCCCCCACAGCAGGACACGGACGCCCUCAGGGAUGACCUGGGCAGCGGCAUUGUCUACUCGGCCCUCACCUGCCACCUGUGUGGCCACCUGAGGCAGCGUCACAGCCAGGAGCGGGGUGGCCAGGCCCAGGCGGUGGUCAGCCCCUGCUGCGGCUGCCAUUGUGGAGACAGGUCCUCACCCCCGGGGAGCCCCGGGGGGGCCUGGAACCCCGGGCCAGGUGGGCUUCCCCUGGAGGCCAGCCUUGCUCCUGCAGCCCGGGGACCCCCGGGUGCCUCGGACGAGAGCAAGUCCUCCCUGUCCUUCCAGCCUCCACGCCCAGCCUCCUGCAGUGCGCAGAGCCCGGGCCAGGCCCCCAGAGUGCUGGGGCUGGUCUCCACGGGGCCCUCACCCUGAGGCGUCCCGGGCACCUGCCCUCCUGACGCCGAGGCCUGCGGGUGGCCCUGGCCUGCCCAGCCUGGGAGGCCGCCCGGCCGGCACACUUCCCAGAGCCUCGGAGAGCUGGGCGCGUGAAGGUCUGAAGGUGGCCCCCGGGGGCUGCUGAGGCCGGACACUCCCCGAGCUGGGCAGGCUCCCCACCUGCAGGGACGGGAGGCUCUGGACAGCUGUCCCCGCAGCCCUGGCAGGGUCGGUGAGGCCCUAGGUGCUGGGCUUCUGGACCAGUGCCCACUGGUCCCCAGCGUCCCCAGCAGCAGGCCCGCUCCGGCCGGCCCAAGCCCAUCUUGUCCACCAACCCUCUGCUGCCCGGGUCACUGAACUGGAAGCCGAGCCCGGAGCCAGCACCACCGUGGGAACGGCUUGGGAGGCCUGGGAAUGGGCGGGAAAUGGGGCUUUGGGCGGGCGGUCACCAGCCCCUGGACGCCCCUGCUUGGGUGGACGUGGAGGCCGAGUCCUGCUGUAGCAGCUGCGUCAGGGCAAGCAGCACCAGGCAGGCCAGGGGACGCUGUCACCUGGGGUGACCUUUGCCACCAGCCGCCGCGCACAGCAGUGAGCCGGGCCGGGCAGCAUGCGGAAGGACAAGCCGGGCUGCCCAGCAACUGGCCCCCGGCCACAGAGACACCUGAGGGCUGGCGCCCAGAUCUGCCCCGCGACCGGUGGACACAGGACAGAGGCCCCGUGCACGCGGGCGGGGCAGGGCUGAUCUGCGCCCUUCUCCAAGGCCGCCUGCCCCCUGCGCUGCUGGCUGGACACCUGGCCACAGGACUGGGCGGGUCUGUGUAAAUAAAGCCAUUCGCCUCCCUGG